GCUGAGGUUGGAGCCGUAACUUUAUGACCCAAGGGAAUGUGGCAUUGCUCAAGUAGAAUGGAGGAUAAGAGACUUUCGGUAGCACUCUUAAAGUCGCAAAGUUUCGAAGACUUGUUUGCAAUGUUUAAGCAGCAGAAGAGAAGAAACUCGUUGAUUCAAUGUCGAAUCCAAGAGUUUUGGCCACUCUUUAGUCCUCAUCCAAAAGAAACUGUGCCUUUAAAUAGUUUGACAUUGCUUCAUAGAUCAGGUGAGAGUCCCAUAGAAGUUUUCCCAAAGGCUGUUGCGAAUUUCCUUUUUUUGGUUGCAACGCUGUUUUCAAGUUCUUGAAAUCCUGCAGCUUUUAUGAGUUUUUAACUAUGAAGAACAAUGAGCUAUUAUUGCUUACAGUUACAACUACAACGUUGAAUUCUAAGGCUUUUUGUCUGUUGCAUUUUUUUAUGUUCACCAAAGAAUAUAUACGGUGCAACAGAGAUUUAGAAAUGGAUUGCAGAUGAGCAGACAGAAAAAACCAGAGAGUUUCAAGUCUUCAACUCUUCGUGAGAGACAGAAAGAAAAUGAAUCUCCAUGAGACAAAAAUUGAAAGACUUUAAAAAAUCUUUUGAAUGAUACCAUUACAUUGGGACUCUGACAAAUAUCUAGUCUUUACAAUACUGCGAAUGUUUGAGGAAUUGGGAGUGAUAAAAUGGAUUUAUAUCAUUGACCUAUUAUUUGCUACAUAGGAUGACCAAGUCAUCUACAACUGUUCCUGAUAAUCGAUGAAAAAGAAUACCUUUCACUUUGAAACUCAAUUAGUUGUGCCUUGAAGAGUGUGCUAUUUGAUCAUUUUUAAAUUUUCAUGAGAUAGACUUAAGUCCGUUAGAAGUUACUUACUAACAAAUGUAAAGAAUCACAGCAAUGGCUUAAUCAUUUUCGAAAUGAAUAAUUCUUUGUGGACAUAUUAUUCUCUGUCCAUUCAUCAUACAAAAAAAGUGAUAUGGCUUGUUUGAGUUGUCA